CUCCGGGGGGAGUCCUGGAGCUCUACAUCUAAAUAAUAUAUUAUAUAUGGAUAUCUAUCAAAUAAUAUAUAUUAUUACGACCAAAAGCUGGGCCUCCAGAAGAUAUUAUGAAUCACAAACGACUACGUUGGGUUCUCUGACCCUCUGGUUCUUCCACGUCCACAUCAAUCUGAAGUAGACUGAACCACGACAUGGAGAAGAAAGGGUUUGUUGAGCGCGGUUGUCUCCCGCUGGAGCCUCGCUGCCGAGGGACCACCUUCUCGGCAGUGGUCAGCGCUUAGGCACCACUGCCUCCUGCAGCGGGCAGCGCCGACACGGUGGUCCCUCGGCAGCGGGAAGAGGGGCUCAAGCAGGAGAUAUUUGCGGGCAACAAUCCCUUUCUCCUCCAUGUCGUGGUUCAUGUACUUCAGGGAGUCAAAGCCAAAGUUCCUUUCCCCCAAUUCCUUCUCAAACAUGUCUGAGAUAACGCCCACUACAAGUCUCGUUGUGGAAAUACCAGAAACGCGACCUGAUUUUUUUUGUGAUGUGACUGCAAUGCGCCACCGUACUUACUAACCAGCAAUAAAUGAAUUCAUUUAUAUUAAAAUAAUUAUGUUUCUGGAAUUGGCAUCCAUUAUUAUCAAUUGUAUUUUCUUCUCUUCUGCUUUACCACGUCUCUCGUGCGUCUUCGGGUAGUGUCGGUAAGCUUCGUCAGUGGCAUGUUGCUUUCAAUGUUGCCGCCGUAAAGAAUUAUGGGAUACCACUAUCUCCUUUCGCAAAGGAAGCUCAUGAGGAACUUUUGCUAUAGGAGGGUUAAAGAAAGCAUUGAGGCCCCUUCCUAAGCAUUUUUAGAAUUCGAAACACCUUUACUCCAAGCACUUCCGGGUCAUCUCCAUAGGAAAGGGAAGUCCUUUUCGACCGCUCGUAUUUUGUAUUCUAUUGUGGGUUUUUAUCCACAACAGUAUCCAUUUGUUAAUAAACAUGUCACCAUGCGGCCCAACUUUGGAAGAACAGCUUUCGUCCAUAAUGGAUUUACUUGCGAAAGGUGCUGUAUCUGAGAUUAGCCAACUGUUCUCGGAAGGCUCGGCUACGAUUCACUUGCAAUUAACUCGGAGCAUGAAAGAAAACCAAGCGCUGAGGAGGAGGAUGAUGGUGAUGAGGAGUAAGAUAUUUUCUUUGCGGCUUCAAACGAGAUCAAAUGCAUCGUGUGCAGCCAGACAUUUUGCCCUGGCUCGAGCCAUCGUCUGCAAACCACAGACUAAACCACUGGGAAAUGAACACUGCGAUGACUUUGGAGACCGCAGCACACAGCGCGGCGCCACCUCAGAUGGUCUGCAUGUGGACGCCCCUGGCUCCUCCCACCUGUCCAGUCACAGCGAGGAGCUGAGGAUCCUGAGCGUCCACGGAAAAGGGGGGGGCCCACUGGCGCUGCACGGCCAUGACGCCCUCUUCACCACGUCCAAACAGGAGGCUCCGAGCUCGCUGUCCACGGAACACAGCGUGGUCAAGAGCCUGGAGCGCGGCGAGCAGCUGGUCCGCCGUGAGGAGCUGACUGGGCAGCAGACCCCAGACACCAUUUUAACCAAGGAUGAAGAGGAUAUUGGUGGAGGCAUGCCCGCUGUAGAAGACUGCGAUGACUUUGGGGACUGCAGCACACAACCCAGCGUCACCUUGGAUAGUCUGCAUGUGGACGCUCCUGGCUCCUCCCACAUGUCAAGUCAUGACGGGGAGCUGAGGAUCCUGAGUGUCCACGGAAAAGGGGAGGACCCACUGGCGGUGGACGGCCAUGACAACAUCUUCACCGUGUUCAAACUGGAGACUCUGAACUCGCUGUCUGCGGAACACAGCGUGGCAAAGAGCCUGGAGCGCGGCGAGCAGCUGGUCCACCGUGAGGAGCUGACUGGGCAUCGGGGCGGCGGCAAGGACCGGCCCGCUGUGUUGUCUGGCGAGUGUUUUCCCGACAAAACCAAUAAGGUCAUCCACAGGCGUACCCACACCGGCGAGAAGCCCUACGGGUGCGACCAGUGCACGGAGCGCUUCAAACUGAAAGACAGCCUGAAGAGCCACAUGAGGAGGACUCACUCGGGGCUGAAGCCCUACAGUUGUGAUCAAUGCGUGAAGUGCUACUUUACGAGCUAUCACCUGACGAGGCACAUGGAGACUCACUUCAGGGAGAAGCCCUACAGGUGUGACCAAUGCAUGAAGCGCUUCAUUUCGAGCUCUUGCCUGAAGAGCCACAUGAGGAGGACUCACUCUGGGCUGAAGCCCUACAGUUGUGAUCAAUGCGUGAAGUGCUACUAUAGGAGCUCUCACCUGAAGAGGCACAUGACGACUCACUCCAGGGAGAAGCCCUACAGGUGCAACCAAUGCUUGAAGCGAUUCAUGAGGAGUUCCAAUCUGACGGUCCACAUGAGGACUCACUCCGAGGAGAAGCCCUACAGGUGUGACCAAUGCAUGAAGCGCUUCAUUUCGAGCUCUCACCUGAAGAUCCACAUGAGGACUCACUCCAGGGAGAAGCCCUACAGUUGUGAUCAAUGCGUGAAGCGCUUCAUUUCGAGCUCUCACCUGAAGAUCCACAUGAGGACUCACUCCGGGGAGAAGCCCUACAGGUGUAAGCAAUGCGUGAAGUGCUUCAAUCAGAGCGGUCACCUGAAGAGACACGUGAGGACUCACUCCGGGGAGAAGCCCUACAGGUGUAACCAAUGCGUGAAGUGCUUCAGUCGGAAUUCCAGCCUGAAGGUCCACAUGAGAACUCACUCCGGCGAGAAGCCCUGAAGGUGCAACGCCAGCCUCAAAAGCGACACCUCCCAGAAUUCGAACCACCUUUCCUCCAAGCACUUCCGGGUCAUCUCCAUAGGAAAGGGAAGUACUUUUCGACCGCUCGUAUUUUGUAUUCUAUUGUGGGUUUUUAUCCACAACAGUAUACAUUUGUUAAUAAACAUGUCACCGUGCGGCCCAACUUUGGAAGAACAGCUUUCGUCCAUAAUGGAUGUACUUGCGAAAGGUGCUGUAUCUGAGAUUAGCCAACUGCUCUUGGAAGGCUCGGCUACGAUUCGCUUGCAAUUAACUCGGAGCAUGAAAGAAAACCAAGCGCUGAGGAUGAGGAUGAAGGUGAUGAGGAGUACGCUGUUUUCUUUGCGGAUUCAAACGAGAUCAAAUGCAUCGUGUGCGGCAAGUCGUUUUACCCUGGCUCGAGCCAACGUCUGCAAACCACAGACUAAACCACAGGGAGAUGAACACUGCGAUGACUUUGGAGACCGCAGCACACAGCGCGACACCACCUCAGAGAGUCUUUACGCCCCUGGCUCCUCCCACAUGUCCAGUCACAGCGAGGAGCUGAGGAUCCUGAGCGUCCACGGAAAAGGGGAGGGCCCACUGGCGCUGGACGGCCAUGACACACUCUUCACCGCGUCCAAACGGGAGGCCUUGAACUCGCUGUCUGCAGACCACAGCGUGGUCAAGAGCCUGGAGCGCGGCGAGCAGCUGGUGCGCCGCGAGGAGCUGACUGUGCAGCAACAGACCCCAGACACCAUUUUAAUCAAGGAUGAAGAGGAUAUUGGUGGAGGCAUGCCUGCUGUAGAAUACUGCGCUGACUUUGGAGACUGCAGCACACAACACGGCGCCACCUUGGAUAGUCUGCAUGUGGACGCCCCUGGCUCCUCCCACAUGUCAAGUCACAAUAGGGAGCUGCGGAUCCUGAGCGUCUAUGGAAAUGGGGAGGGCCCACUGACGGGGGAUGGCCAUGACAACCUCUUCACCGCAUUCAAACCGGAGGCUCUGAGCUCGCUGCCCGCGGUACACAGCGUGGGAAAGAGCCUGGAGCGCGGCGAGCAGCUGGUCCACCGUGAGGAGCUGACUGGGCAGCAGCAGACCCCAGACACCAUUUUAACCAAGGAUGAAGAGGAUAUUGGUGGAGGCAUGCCCGCUGUAGAAGACUGCGAUGACUUUGGAGACCGCAGCACACAGCGCGGCGCCCCCUCAGCUGGUCUGCAUGUGGACGCCCCUGGCUCCUCCCACAUGUCCAGUCACAGCGAGGAGCUGAGGAUCCUGAGCGUCCACGGAAAAGGGGAGGGCCCACUGGCGCUGCACGGCCAUGACACCCUCUUCACUGCGUCCGAACCAGAGGCUCUGAGCUCGCUGUCCACGGAACACAGCAGGGCAAAGAGCCUGGAACGUGGCGAGCAGCUGGUCCACCGUGAGGAGCUGACUGGGCAUCAGGGCGGCGGCAAGGACCGGCCCGCUGUGUUGUCUGGCGAGUGUUUUCCCGACAAAACCAAUAUGGUCAUCCACAGGCGUACCCACACCGGCGAGAAGCCGUACGGGUGCGACCAGUGCCCGGAGCGCUUCAAACUGAAAGACAGCCUGAAGAGCCACAUGAGGAGGACUCACUCCGGGGAGAAGCCCUACAGGUGUGAUCAAUGCGUGAAGUGCUACUAUAGGAGCUCUCACCUGAAGAGGCACAUGAAUACUCACUCUGGGGAGAAGCCCUACAGGUGUAACCAAUGCGUGAAGCGCUUCAUGUCGAGCUCUCACCUGAAGAUCCACAUGAGGACUCACUCCGGGGAGAAGCCCUACAGCUGUAACCAAUGCGUGAAGCGCUUCAGUCGGAAUUCCCACCUGACGGUCCACAUGAGGACUCACUCCGGGGAGAAGCCCUACAGUUGUGACUAUUGCCUGAAGCGCUUCAGGGAAAGCGCUUCCCUGAAGAUCCACAUGAGGACUCACUCUGGGGAGAAGCCCUACAGGUGUGACCAAUGCAUGAAGCGCUUCAGUCAGCGCUCCACUCUGAAGAGCCACAUGAGGACUCACUCUGGGGAGAAGCCCUACAGGUGUAACCAAUGCGUGAAGCGCUUCAGUACGAGUUCAAACCUGAAUGUCCACAUGAGGACUCACUCCGGGGAGAAGCCCUACAGGUGUGACCAAUGCGUGAAGCGCUUCAGUCGUAGUUGCAUCCUGAAGGUCCACAUGAGGACUCACUCCGGGGAGAAGCCCUGAAGGUGCAACGCCAGCCUCAGUGACCCUAGCAAUUUGCGUUGGCACAUGCUCAAGCACAGAGGCAAUGGGGUGCUUUGACACGGGCAAUGGGACCUUUUAAUCCACACCUCUAUCCUGUUUUUGUUUAAAUUUGUCUGCUGUCGUUAUUUUUUAUUCAUGAUUAUAGACGCUUUCCAACUUUUCGUUCGUUUCGUUUACUCUUUUAUUGUUGUAAACAAUUGAUUUCUGUGUGAAGGUGAGGGGUAUUGACCAACGUGGCGAUUUUAGGAUUGGCCAGAGGAGAGACCAAGUUAAAUUGCAAUACACUGUGGGUGAAGUGGACUUGGCUGCAAGACAAUUAAAGGAUUCUACAACAAAGAAGUCACUAGAUUGGCCAAAGUAUCAGACUUGGUGGCUACAGUUGCAAUGCAAACUAUAACAACACCUUUCAUUUAGAGAGGACGGGAGGUAUAUCUAGGUUCAAGGAGAGUGUAUAGAAAUCCCUUUCAAUUGGCUACAUACAAUAUACAAUUGUAUAUUAUAAUUAGGUCAUGCAUGCGACGCUCAAUUUAGCUGCCAGCAGAAACCGUUGCAUAAUUUUGGAUAUUAUCAGAAUAAUUUUAAGUUUCAUAAAAUAAUAUUUUUAAAGGUCCCAUAGCAUGCUACUUUAUGGAUGCUUUAAUGUAGAUAUUAGUGGACCCCAAACGCAGUAUUUGAAGCCGUUUUCGAAAUUCGCGAGUCGCACAUUGAGCUUUCCCCAACGCACCAUUUCGGGGUCUGUAGCUUUAAUGCAAAUGAGGAGAGAGGUGGUUCAAGGUGGAGGGUGGGGGUGUAUCCCUGAGCAGCUUGCUGCCACGGUUCCAUGCGCUCCGAUUACAGUGGAUGUAUCGCAACGGCGAGGCGCACAUAGCCUUUGGCAGUGUUCUGUAAAUAUUCUAGAACACUCCGGGUGCUCCGGGGGGAGUCCUGGAGCUCUACAUCUAAAUAAUAUAUUAUACAUGGAUAUCUAUCAAAUAAUAUAUAUUAUUACGACCAAAAGCUGGGCCUCCAGAAGAUAUUAUGAAUCACAAACGACUACGUUGGGUUCGCUGACCCUCUGGUUCUUCCACGUCCACAUCAAUCUGAAGUAGACUGCACCAGUCUACUUCAGACUGACCAGCGGUCAGCGCUUAGGCACCACUGCCUCCUGCAGCGGGCAGCGCCGACACGGUGGUCCCUCGGCAGCGGGAAGAGGGGCUCAAGCAGGAGAUAUUUGCGGGCAACAAUCCCUUUCUCCUCCAUGUCGUGGUUCAUGUACUUCAGGGAGUCAAAGCCAAAGUUCCUUUCCCCCAAUUCCUUCUCAAACAUGUCUGAGAUAACGCCCACUACAAGUCUCGUUGUGGAAAUACAAGAAACGAGAGUCCGACGUGUUACGUGCCAUAUAACACCAACAGCAGACCGGUUACCCAAAUAACAAAGAAGUGUACCAUACUUGCGUGACAGUAUGUGUAAUCACACACACACACACACACACACGGCGCUCUCACGGGCGCAUCUUAUUGGCGGGCUAAAUUUUUCUGGGCUGGCGAGGCAGAGAAAGGAGAGGUUGCAUCUCCCCUUAUGACGACACACCGGGGAAAUUCCAAAACGGCACGUCUGAGCUUCGUUUCUUCAAAGGCGGGGCAGAAUGCCUACUGGUUGUUUUACACCCAACACAAUUUCUAGCUACUGGGGGAGCAUAGGUAGGCUAGGGGAUCUCAUAUUAAUGUUAAAAAACCUCAAAGUGAAAUUUUCAUGACAUGGGAUCUUUAAUAAGAAUGACACCACAUUUAAAUAUAUCAUAUAUUUACCUACAUUUCUUUUAUAUUGCAAUAUGUUAACAAGCUGACCCGUUUAUGCAAUGUAUAGCGGAACUAUUUUUCUGAGGUGCAGACGUUUUGUUGAUGUAGCAGCAGCAUCGGAGCAUGAAGCGCAUGUCGAGCCAACUGCCGCUCCUUGAGAUAAGUGGUAACGUCUUUACAUCCAUUAGUUCACCGAGAGACACACGGGAAAGAACUUGCCAAUCAACAAUCCAAUUUUAUAAUGUUAAGAUUGGCUCGGAAUUCUUCUCUGACACUCUGACACACAACUGCUUCAGACUUCGUAACUUGGUCAAUUUUAACCGUUAAUCUUCGUUCAAACAUGGAGCAAAUUAACAACUGAUAUGUUUGAGACUGAACAACUGAACUAGACAUGAAGGAAUAAGGUCAAAACUUUUCCUAAAUACUACCACACAGACCUAGCUAUUCUGUAUUUUCUCAAAUGUAUUCAAACUUUGUUGCAUUGUCUAUUAGUUUAACUCUUCCAUUUAUUUGUUUCCAACAUUUCUUUUUAAAUGGUGUGCAGGUUUACAUUGUUUACUCCAUUUAGACUGUUCAAAUCCCUUCACUUGAUUUAAGCCAUCGAACAUUUCUUUACGUCUUGAACUAGGUUGCUUUACUAAAACAUAUUUCCAACGUCACUUUUCACGAAAGCUCUUGCCACAUUUUCUGAAAGAAAUGCAUUUUCUAGUGUGUUUCAUGGCGAAUCAUCUAAAGACAUGCAGGAUGGUUGGAAUCGCUGAGGGAAGAUGCGGUAUAACUCCUAUAAAAGCAGUAGGCAUAUUAGGGAAUAUUGCACUACGGUCCUCAUGUUUUUGCACAUAGCGGAACAGGAAGUUAAUGACUCUAUUCAGAUGUAAACCUACCGGCACUUUUAGCUGCUCAUGACAUGUUUGGUUAUUGUCAUUUCACUGCUGUCGUUCAUUAAAGCAAGUGAACAAAUGGUAAGUUGUUCUUAUUUAUAACCAAACAUCUGGAUUAAGCCAAGCAGACAUCUCCGACGUCGCGAAAGAAUGCGAUCAAACGAGUGGGCAGACCGCGAGUGUAAUGUCCCCCGGGAACCCGGAUAUACGAGCGCAUCAUUGAAAACAAACGAAAUUACAAAACUGAGACCAAGGAUGAAUGUGCCUUGCCCUAUCGAGGAGUGUGGCUACAGAUGCAGAAGCAGCAGUGGUGGUGGCCAUGUUGAACAUACACGCGACCACGCAUGUUGCAGCCCCCAGGGAACCGCGCGCAAAUGCCAAAAUGGAGAAACUCAGGCGCCCGUCCAUAGCGUUGGCUGGAACAGCCGAGACCUGGUCAUACUUCCUAACCCGCUGGGGUGAGUAAAAGAGGGGCACCAAACUAAUUGGAUCAGAUGUUGUCACACAACUGCUAGAGUGCUGUGAGGAGGAUUUGAGAAAAGACCUCACCCGUGCUGCAGGCAAAAGCCUAGUGGACAGUGAUGAAAAGGACGUUCUCUCUUCCAUGAGGGCACUCGCUGUCCGUGCGGAAAACACAAUGGUAGCUCGAGUGGCCCUAUCUAACAUGCGACAGGGACACGAAGAGCCCAUACGAUCAUUUCAUGCUCGCUUAAAAGGGCAGGCAGGCACGUGUAAAUACGAAAUGACAUGCACUAAGGAGGGGUAUGACC